AUGCUGCGAUCAUCCGCCGUCCGAACGGUCAAGCCGAGGAUGAACCACGCCUCGGGCAGCCUCACCACCCGUCGAUUCGCACACAAGGUAAGCCAAUUAAUUCCAUCACCCCAAAACAUUCCUCCCAGCUGACCCCACUCCACUCUCUCUCUCUCUCUCUCUCUCUUCCGAAUGGCAAUAAACUUCAUUGCGCCACCCCGAUCUAGGAGUUGAUGUUUGGCAACCAAGGUCGCCAGGCGUUGCUCGCCGGUGUCGAGGUGCUUGCGAAGGCCGUCUCGGUCACUCUCGGACCCAAGGGACGCAACGUCAUCAUCGAACAAGCCUUUGGCGGACCCAAGGUGCGUGCGCCUCGUACCUCAGCCUGACCCUUCUUUUUCAAAACUCAAACCUCACGGCUCAACCCACACAGAUCACCAAGGAUGGUGUCACCGUCGCCAAGAGCAUCACCCUCCAGGACAAGUUUGAGAACCUCGGAGCUCGGUAAGAACCUCCUGUUGCAUCCAAAGCACGAUACGAGCCCGCACUGAACACAACUCGUUCCAUUUGCCACAGCUUGAUCCAAGACGUAGCCAACCGAACAAACGAGGAAGCCGGUGACGGAACCACGACCGCGACCGUGCUCGCUCGCGCCAUCUACUCCGAAGGGGUCAAGAAUGUCGCCGCCGGGUGCAACCCGAUGGACCUUCGACGAGGUUCGCAGGCCGCCGUUGACGCCGUCAUCAAGUUCCUCGAGGCCCACAAGCGCUCCAUCACCACCUCGGCCGAGAUCGCCCAGGUCGCGACCAUCUCUGCCAACGGCGACCAGCACGUCGGCAACCUGAUCGCCCAGGCGAUGGAGAAGGUCGGCAAGGAAGGCGUCAUCACCGUCAAGGAGGGCAAGACGAUCGAGGACGAGAUCGAGAUCACCGAAGGCAUGCGCUUCGAUCGAGGCUACAUCUCCCCUUACUUUGUCACCGACAUCAAGUCCCAGCGUGUCGAAUUCGAAAAGCCCUUGAUCCUGCUCUCGGAGAAGAAGAUCUCGUUGAUCCAGGACAUCCUGCCCUCUCUCGAAGCCGCGGCUCACGCUCGACGACCUCUCCUCAUCAUUUCCGAGGACAUCGACGGUGAGGCCCUCGCAGCUUGCAUCCUCAACAAGCUCCGUGGUCAACUCCAGGUCGCAGCCGUCAAGGCCCCCGGCUUCGGUGACAACCGCAAGUCGAUCCUCGGUGAUUUGGCCAUCUUGACCGGAUCGACCGUCUUUACCGACGAACUGGACAUCAAGCUCGAAAAGGCUACGCCCGACAUGCUCGGCUCGACGGGCUCCGUCACGAUCACCAAGGAGGACACCAUCCUCCUCAACGGAUCCGGAGAGAAGACCAUGAUCUCGGUGAGCUCAAAAUUUCCUGAUUGGGAGGUUCACGAGGACUUUCUUACUGAUCACUUAGGUUCGCUAUCUUGCAGGACCGAUGCGAACAAAUUCGCGCCUCGAUGGUCGACCCCACGACCUCGGACUACGACCGCACCAAGUUGCAGGAGCGCCUCGCUAAGCUCAGUGGCGGUGUCGCCGUCAUCAAGGUUGGCGGCAGCUCCGAAGUCGAAGUCGGCGAGAAGAAGGACCGCUUUGACGACGCGCUCAACGCCACUCGUGCCGCUGUGGAAGAGGGCAUCGUCCCGGGUGGUGGAACGGCGUUGUUGAAGGCAUCACAAACUCUCAAGGAUUUGCCCUCGCCCAACUUUGACCACAAGCUCGGCGUGGACCUCAUUCGAUCCGCUAUCUCCAAGCCCAUACGGACGAUCGUCGAGAACGCCGGCGAGGAGGGGUCCGUCAUUGUCGGUAACCUGCUGGAAAAGUACUCGGGCGAGGGCCAGUUCAACUGGGGGUACGAUGCCGCCGAGGGCAAGUACGUUGAUAUGAUCGCGUCUGGUAUCUUGGAGUAAGUCGUGCAAACUUUUCUUUUACACUUCACGAUGAGGCUUGACUCUGAAUCUUUGCGUCUUCUCCCACCAGCCCUUACAAGGUCAUCAAGACGAGUCUGCAGCGCGCCUCGGGUGUUGCCUCGCUUUUGUUCACUUCGGAGUGCUCGAUCGUCGAUGCGCCGGAGGAGAAGGGCGCCGGUGGCAUGCCGGGGAUGCCCGGCGGAAUGGGAGGAGUGAGUUUUCGAUAGUUCGGGCGGCUGCUGCUUGGCCAUGAACUGACGUCGUUCACACCUCUCGGGCAAACAGAUGGGAGGCGGAAUGGGCUUCUAA